AGACAGAAAAUUUUCAAAGCCUCAAAAAUGGAAAAUGAAAAUUUGGAAGUUUUCUUAUUGCAAACAAGAGAUUGACCGCGGAAGAUCGUGAAAUUGCUUUAUAAGUUCAAACCAGUUGAAACGAAUUGCGAGGCAUGGCGGGAGAAAGGAAGUCGUUUUUGACGGCGACGCAGAGGUACGCGGCGGGAGCGUUGUUUGCCAUCGCUGUUAACCAGGCUCAGAUCCAUCAGACUCGUCUUCUUGGACUUCACCCUAAGGAUGACGACCCUUCCUAUGGGGACCGAACAAGUAGCAGUAGUAGCAGCGACUCAGUCUCUGAAGAUCCCGACCUUUGGGUCAACGAAAACUCGGGUUUGCUCCGACCCAUUUUCAGAUCUCUAGAUAUUGAUUCAUCAGCAUGGCUUGGACUAGAAGAAACUGCUGGGUGUUCUCCGGCCAAACAUCAUCUGAGAGCUUUCUUGAGGUUACUAGCUGAAGACGGUGAGGAGGGUUCUUCUGAAAGAUUGGAGCAGCAGAUUGCUCUGUCAAAAGCUGUUGAUAGUAUGGUAUUGAGCAUGGAAACAAAUUCUGUAUCCUCCCAGGUUAAAAAGGAGAAGUCUCGUGAAUAUGAACAGGAAUAUCGUGAGAAAUAUUCUACUCCUGAGGUUCCAUCAAAUUCUGUAGUGGCAAACCAACCUAUAGAGCCUCUGCAGGAGAGUGAUACUAAUGUGAUUCAUGGGAAUGAUGAUCAUAAUCUGAUGGGUGAUAGUUUGAAUGAGAAACCUGCUGAAGAGGUUGAGAUGCUUACUUUUCAUAGGAAAGUUAUGGUUCUUUACGAGCUUCUUUCAGCUUCCCUUGCAGCUGCAGAGACUCGUGAAGAUAGCAAAAAAUAUACCCGGCGAAGAAAGGGCUAUGAUGCUCGACAUCGUGUGGCUCUCCGGUUGCUGACAACUUGGUUUGACAUUGAGUGGAUAAAAAUGGAAGGAAUUGAGAUGAUGGUUGCUUAUUCUGCAAUGGCUAUAGCGAAAGAGAAAGAAGCAGAAGAAGAAGAAUCCCAGUCACAAAGAGGCAAAUGGGCGGAAUGGAAGCGCCGUGGCAUCAUUGGUGCUGCUGCUUUAACUGGAGGAGCAUUGAUGGCCAUUACUGGAGGGUUAGCUGCCCCAGCAAUUGCUGCUGGAUUUGGUGCCCUGGCUCCAACAUUAGGCACAUUAGUCCCUGUCAUUGGGGCAAGUGGGUUUGCUGCUGCUGCAAGUGCUGCUGGAACUGUUGCAGGUUCUGUUGCUGUUGCUGCAUCAUUUGGAGCUGCCGGAGCUGGACUUACAGGUUCUAAAAUGGCUAGGAGAACUGGUAACGUUGAUGAAUUUGAAUUUAUAGCUAUUGGAGACUAUCAUAACCAGGGCCGACUAGCAGUUGAGAUUUUGAUCUCCGGAUUUGUUUUUAAUAAGGAUGAUUAUACUAGGCCCUGGGAAGGAAAAAUUGACAACAUGGAAAGGUUUGCACUACUGUGGGAGUCCAAUAAUCUGAUUGCAGUGAGCACAGUAAUUCAGGAUUACCUAACUUCAAGUAUUGGUUAUGAGUUAAUGAGACAGGGUGCAAUGAUGACAGUUUUAAGCUCACUUGUAGCAGCAUUGGCAUUGCCAGCAGUAUUACUUUCAGCUACCAGCUUUAUAGACAGCAAAAUGUCAAUUGCUGUGGACAGGUCGGAUAAAGCAGGAAAGUUGCUAGCUGAAGUUUUAUUGAAAGGUUACCAAGGUAACAGACCUGUGACACUCAUUGGCUACUCACUUGGAGCACGUGUGAUUUUCAAGUGUCUUCAGACUUUGUCUGAGACUGAACAAAGCGCUGAACUUGUAGAAAGGGUUGUUCUUCUUGGAGCUCCCAUUGCAAUUAAAGGCGAGAAUUGGGAAGCAGCGAGAAAGAUGGUGGCUGGCAGGUUUAUAAAUGCUUACUCUUCGAAUGAUUGGAUGCUUGGAAUUGCUUUCCGUGCAAGUUUACUUACACAAGGAUUAGCUGGAAUACAAACGGUUGAUGUGCAGGGGAUUGAGAAUAUUAACGUAACAGAUGUGAUUGAGGGCCACUCUUCCUAUCUAUGGGCUACGUGGAAGAUUUUGGACCGGCUUGAACUUGAAACUUACUAUCCCAUUUUCAGGAGCAAUUAACAGGAACCACAAUACUACUCAACUUUCGUUUCUUCAAUUCCAUCUGAUUACAUUU